CUGUGACAGACUUGCGCAGAUUAGAUGACUGCGGCGAGACACACGUGUGGAGGAAGUGACAUAUGUGCAGCGGCGGUAGCACCAGCGGCGGAACCGUCCAUUCAUAACUGUUUCAUUCAUUCUCCUUAAAAUGUCUUGGCUCUUCGGCCUCAACAAGGGACAGCCUGAAGUGCCGCCCGGCUUCCCCGUUCAGCCUCCUCCUCCUCCACCGACACCGCCGGCCGGAGGCUCCAGUGGUGGUGGCGGCGGCGGAGGAGAUAAACCCAAGGACAAAUGGAGCAACUUCGACCCCACCGGGCUGGAGAGGGCUGCUCAGGCGGCCAGGGAGCUCGACAAGUCACGAAAUGCCAAAGAAGCUCUGGAUUUGGCUCGCAUGCAGGAGCAGACCACCCAGAUGGAACACCAGACCAAGAUAAAGGAGUAUGAAGCAGCGGUGGAGCAGCUCAAAGGAGAUCAGAUUAGGAUUCAGGCCGAGGAAAGGAGGAAAACGCUGAAUGAGGAGACCAGGCAACAUCAAGCGAAAGCGCAGUACCAAGAUAAACUGGCCAGACAGCGAUAUGAAGACCAACUGAGGCAGCAGCAUGCACAGAAUGAAGAGAAUCUCCGCAGACAAGAGGAGUCGGUACAAAAACAGGAAGCCAUGAGGAAAGCAACGAUAGAACACGAGAUGUCGCUCAGGCACAAAAACGAGCUCCUGCGGAUCGAGGCUGAAUCUAAAGCCAGAGCCAAAGUGGAGAGAGAGAACGCCGACAUCAUCCGAGAGCAGAUCCGUCUGAAGGCGGCGGAACACAGGCAGACUGUUCUGGAAUCCAUAAAGACAGCAGGAGCUGUGUUUGGAGAAGGAUUCAGGGCGUUCAUAUCGGACAAGGACAAAGUCAUAGCCACGGUGGCAGGAUUGACUGCUUUGGCUGUUGGUGUGUAUUCAGCCCGUAAUGCCACUGCGGUGGCAGGACGUUACAUCGAAGCCAGGCUCGGGAAGCCUUCGCUGGUGCGUGAGACCUCGCGGUUCACUGUGGGUGAGGCCAUCAAGCAUCCUGUCAAGACGGUGAAGCGGCUGAAGAGCAAACCUCAGGAUGCACUGGAAGGAGUUGUUCUCAGCCCUUCUCUUGAAGAGCGCGUGCGUGACAUCGCAAUAGCAACAAGGAACACCAGGCAGAACCACGGCCUCUACAGGAACAUCCUCAUGUACGGACCUCCAGGAACAGGAAAAACCCUGUUUGCAAAGAAGCUGGCAAUGCAUUCUGGGAUGGACUAUGCCAUUAUGACUGGUGGUGACGUUGCACCGAUGGGUCGUGAUGGUGUCACUGCCAUGCACAAAGUUUUUGACUGGGCCAACACGAGUGGACGCGGGCUGCUGCUCUUUGUCGACGAAGCUGAUGCAUUCCUUCGUAAAAGAUCCACUGAGAAGAUCAGUGAAGACCUCAGAGCGACCUUGAAUGCUUUCCUGUAUCGCACAGGAGAACAGAGCAACAAGUUCAUGCUGGUGUUGGCCAGUAACCAACCAGAGCAGUUUGACUGGGCCAUAAACGACCGCAUUGACGAAAUAGUGAAUUUCGCUCUGCCAGGUCCCGAGGAGAGGGAAAGGCUGGUGAGGUUGUACUUUGACAGAUAUGUGCUGGAGCCAGCUACCACCGGGAGGCAGAGGAUGAAGCUGGCUCAGUUUGACUAUGGGAAAAAAUGCUCAGAGAUUGCAAAGAGGACAGAUGGCAUGUCAGGAAGAGAGAUCUCCAAGCUGGGCGUGGCCUGGCAGGCUGCAGCAUAUUCUUCUGAAGACGGCGUCCUGACUGAGGCCAUGAUCGACGCCCGGGUGGACGACGCUGUCAAACAACACCAUCAGAAGAUGGACUGGCUGCGUGCCGAGGUGGAGGCUACCACCCUGACACCUCCCCCGGCCGGGUCACCCAUGGGAGGGAAAAUGGGCUUCAACCUGCCGCUCACUAAGCCGCCUGUGGCUGAGGAGGUGAUCGCUCCGAUUCUGGAGAGGAGCGAGGAAAAAAGUGAUGCCGAUCUACCUCCGUCAGACACGGAGAAACCAACAGAAAAAGACUGUGAAAACUUAGUAGAAAAAGUAGAAUCGAUAUCUGAGUCUGUCACUGACGGGGAAACCAAGGCGGAAAAACAAGACAAGACUGGAUCCUUACCCCCCAAGGAUGGAACUCCUGUAUGAGAAGCUUAGAUUAAAAAAAACAUCUGUGUCUUGUCCUUUAUCUCGUCUGUCCGUCUUCGUUUAAAAUUCCCGCGGGACUGUCUUCAAUGACAGGGAAAAAAUAAGGUUUGGAAUUCCACAUUCCAUUCACUUUUAACACAAAAAGAAACUACGACGCACUAAUACAUGAUGUGUACAUUAUAAAAGUACUGACGUACGAACCGGACACUGUAAUAACAACCGCCAUCUUGUGAAAUGAUUAAAACAAGUUUGUUUUUCUAAACGUCAAA